AUGACAGACACAGCCCGCUGGAAAUCCACCAUCCACAUCGGCGGUCUCUCCCCCGCCGUAACGCAAACCACCCUCCAAGAAGCCUUCCUUCCCUUCGGCGAGAUCGCCGACGUAUCGCUGCCCAAGAACGAGAAUCCCCACACGGCCGCCGACGAACCGCACCGCGGGUUUGCCUACGUCGAGUUUGAGGACGCCGAGGACGCCCGUGAAGCCAUCGAUAACAUGGACCAGGCUGAGCUGUUUGGUCGCGUUAUUAAGGUGUCGGCUGCGAAGGCGCCGAAGAGUGCUGGGAAGGGACAGGGGUUGGGGGCGAGGAAUGCUGUUUGGGAGCAGGAAGGGUGGCUCGCUGAGCAUGCGGUUAGUGAAGAGGACAGGUUGGCGGCGGAACAGGCGCAGAACGCGAGGCCGGAUGAUCCCAUGCAGGGCUUGGAGGGGUUGGAUGUCGCUGGGCCGAAGCCGGAAUGA